ACCAUCGACGGAUAUAACUUGUUGGGCCUUGCCAAAUUGUUCAUUCGUAGUUUUUUGCAUCAAGUGAACAAUGGCAAAAAUAAUCAUAGCGUGAAGUAUAUUUUGGCGACGUCGGACCGUUUGCGUUAUUGCAUCAAGACAGAGUAUCAUGAUCCGAUAUACAUUUUCUUAGAACAGCUCGAAUUAUUGUUACCAACCGAAGCUUCAAGGAUCGGAACAGGAUUUGCGUCAGUUUUUGAGUUUUUGAGUUUGCGUCGAAUGAUCAGACACAUGGACUCUUUCUAUCGGUCCGAAGAUGGCCCCACACCCAGCUCGAUAUUUUACCAGGAAAAGCAUCGCUGGGAUCAAAAGUUAUUCACCUUCUAUCUUUCAUCACAAACUUAUACGGUGCCUACCGCAUUGCAAGAGCUGAAUAGUAGAAUGAGAGGUCAACUGUAUAGUUUGCAGACGUCUGAUGACGUUCUUAAAGUAAUUGGAAAUAUCCUCGGUACCGACAAGGAUUUUUACGAGCAUGCUAAAGAAAUUUAUCCAUAUAAUAUCUUUUCGACGUGUGGGGUGAAUUUAAAUUUUGUCGAAGCAACAAGUAAUUAUGAUCCCAAGGUUAAUAAUUGCCUCGAACAAAUAUAUGUCGACCCACUCAAAUUCGAAGGAUUUUAUCCAAUACCCGAGGAUUUUUGGAUCGAACCAGAAGCUGUCAGGUAUCCCAUGGAAAUACCAUCUUUGUCGAUACCGACAAUCGCCUAUUGGAAAAAUAAGGAUUUCUACAAGACUCACGAAUUGCCAUUGAACUUCCCACGUGAUACAUACGUUGUGUCGGAAUGCGAAAUGACUCGGGAGUUAAAAUGUCAGAAACCCGGCACAAAAUGGCCGGUUUACAUUCGCAAUAGUAGCAGGAUUUCGGAGUAUGGAGAACCAUUUGGAUACUUGGUGGCAAACAAGAAGAAUGAAUAUGAUCUAGAACCGUUGGCCAAGGUAUUCGUUACUUGUAAGCUCGAAAAAAUUGUACCCAGUGGAUUUUUCUCAAAGCCUAAAACCGAAGGAAUUGAUGCGGUGAUAUACCAAGCGGUCCAGCAAGCGCAUCUGAAAUAUGAUCAGAUGAAGAAUGACAUAACGAAAAAUCGAUACUCCAUCACCAGGCCCACUCCUUAUCCUGAAAAGAGUAUAGAAGGUAAUGUUCAGGCAGAAAGGGCACUUGCAAAUAUUCGUAAAAUUACGACGCUUGCACAACUGCCGAGCGAGCCAGUGGUUAUGGGAAAUUACGAAGAGGUCAUGGCCAAAAGGGAUAAGCAUAAGCUGAGGGACCCAUACGAAGAGAAUGUUGGGAAGAAGACAAAACGAGAUCAACGCGCUUUCGGUAGUCCAUUUAAGAAUCGUGAACUGAAACCACUUCCGAAAAGGACCUUUCCAAAAUUGCCAUCUAAGAUACGGGAUAAACUAUCUGCCACGCCGAAAUCCAUUUAUUUUCCUGGCUUUCCCGAGAAAAGUGUCAAACCAUUCGUGAUUGUCGUUGGAAGGCAGAUCACGACAACCAUAGAGGCAUCAACGAAAACUCGAUCUUUAAAAUUACCCACAAAUUCACACGCUGGUUCAACAAGAUUGCCCCCAAACCAAGCAAUAAAAUCACAACCUGUGAGGAUGGAUAACAACUUUCAAACAUUAAGUUCGCCGUUGUCCCCAGCCAGCGAAACCUCGGAAUCACCUUCGUCUCCGCUCUCGCUUGAAUCCACACCAAUGAACGUGGAUGAAAGUCACACCCCUGCAUCGAUCAUUGUGGAAGAGGUCAAUCAAUCAAAUGAGGAUUCCGAGAUAACCGAUUCUUCACCGCAAACUGGUCUUGACGUGCUUGCAUCUUUGAGCACUGUGUUGACGACAAGCCAACCGCAAUCAGAGCAAAAGCAGAAUAAUAGCGACAAUGCCGAGGGUGUAAUAUCUAUGGAUAAGGUCGAAUCUGUUGAAAGUUGCUCUUCACAAAAAAUUGCAACGAUUGAGGAUGAGGGGAACGCUGAGAACACAGGGGUUUCCGCUUCAGAAAAAAGCGCAGAACCAAAUAACCUUGAUUUUCUGAGUCGUGCCGCCGAGUUGGUGCUUUCUCAAGAACACACUGGUUUGGAUAUGCUGAGCCAGGCCGUGAGUCAGGUUACUGAUAUGGAUGAUGUGGCUCCUACUAAUGUGAAUGAAGUGUCUAGUGCAAGCAAAGUCUAUAAUGCGGAUAAAAUGCCUGAUAUUGGUCGUGUGUCAGAUGGAGGCCAAGCGCUUAUUGAGGGUCGGGUUUCUGAUGCAAAUCAAACGUCGGGUGAGAGUCAAGGCUCUGAAACAGGCGUAUCUCGUUGGAGGUCAAUAAAAAGUACGCGAUAUUCGUCCUUAGAUUCUGAUCUUAGGACAUUGGAAUCAUCGAAAUUCGCUGCGGAGUUAAGGAGGCAGAUAUCGGCUGAUACUUCUUGUAAGGAAUUUUUCGUUUUCAUCACCCUGGUUUUGUUAAAAAUUCUUCUGAUAAUGUAUGUUUUGCGUGGUAUAGCAUACGACGAGGCAAACAUUCUUGGUCAGAUAAGGGAUUUCGCGGUGUCAGAAAACUAUGCAGACGAGAUUAAAUCGAAGUUCCUUUAUUUGAUUUCCAAGUUUUCCCGCGCUUAUAAAAAGAUAGAAUUAUCUCAAAGCAUCGAGACGAUUCUUCGCGACAUCCGAUUCGACCUGAAGAGUUAUUUCAACGAUCGCCGAAUGAGAUCGAUGAAAUGA